AUGUCGUCUUCGGACCCGGCGCUGCUGAGGGCCGUGCGAGCCAAAGCCAAGACGAUGAACCUGAGCAGCAAGAAGAUGAGACGACUGCCUGGCGCUAUCGGGCAGCUGCCGUGGCUGGAGCGGCUGUGCGUGAAGAGCAACGCUCUGAGCGAGCUGCCCGCCGAGAUGCACCGCCUGACUCGCCUCACAGAGUUGAAUCUGGGAAACAAUGAGCUGCAGGAGGUACCAGAGAUCUUGCGCCACUUGACAUCACUGCAAAAGCUACAUCUUUUCAACAACCGCAUCAAACGCUUUUCAGACAAUGUUCUAGAAGGGUUGCACAACCUGGUGAUGCUCAACAUCAACAACAAUCAACUGAAGACCCUCCCAAGGAACAUCAACAAUCUGAUGAAGCUGCAGAAACUGAGUGCGAACGGUAACCUGCUGGAGAGCGUUCCCGAAGAGCUGUGUGGCCUGGCACGCCUCAAGGAGCUGCACCUGGCCAACAACCGCCUCACGGCGCUCCCAGCCGAGUUGGGACAUUUACACAAUCUGGAGCGUCUGCACCUCCAGCACAACGAGAUCCGUGAGCUGCCAGAGAGUCUUGGAAGCCUUCAAAAGCUGGAAGUUGUUGAUGUGGCAGCAAACGAACUCUGGGUUUUUCCCUCAAGUCUGCACAGGUUGCCCCUGAAGGAGCUGUACUGCGAGGAGAACCCUUUGGUGAGGUUCUCCCCAGUGGAAUCGGUCCAAGAGGAUGAGGUGAUGUCACUCAAGGAAUUGGUUGCAAGAUUUAUUCUGCAUGAGAUGAAAACAUUUUCGUCGCCUCUGCAACUUGCUGUUGCCGAGCAUCCACCUACUCAGGAAACAUUGACACAGGCCAGGAUCUGCGCAGUCUGUGGAGAGAGCUUUCUCAAUAUCUGGCUUGAAUGUGUGCAAUUUCUCAAUGCCAAGAAUGAUCUGAAGCUGAUAUCAAGCAUCACAGUCAUCCCUGUGCGAGUACUUCUCUGCUCCUACAAGUGUUUUAAUCAGCCAGGGCAUGCAUACUAUGGGAUGGCCUUCACAUAGAUGUGCAGAUGCAGCAACUGUUAAGAGCUUUGGGGUGCGAAUUAUGAAGAAUUUCCUGCCAUCAUCCUGUCCUGUUUUGAUGGAAUGAUGACUAAUUUUUUAAUAAAAUCAUCCCGCAUCUGCCAUUUAUAAUUCAAACAGGGCCCUCUCUGUCACUAUGAGGCCAUAUCCCAACAGACCUCAGUCUAUACACCGGAUAGAGCCAAAAUGGGUACGAAUGGGUGCCAACUGGGGGCAUGGCCUUGACAGUGACUGUAGAGUAGGGGUGGCGACACUUUCAAAAGUCACAUUGGCCACAUUAACUUGGCCACAUUAACUUGGCCACAAUGUGGUGUGGAAUUCAACGACAAAUUCUGGAAGGGGUCAUAAUUGCGUUGAAUUAAAGAGCUCCAUACCCAUACAGGCACACGGGAACACAAGCAACACACACGCACAGGUAUCGUGACUCGCUUUCACCAUUUAUCUUGAUCAUCAGUAUCACAGUAUUAAUUACACACUGUCCUUUGUGGACCAAUCCUGCUAGGCAAAUGCAUGUACACGCAAAUAGGUGUACAUGUGGGACAAAUUCGCACCCAAUCAGUUGGCUAUGUCCGUGGAUGGGCAUUGCAUUAUGCUGCAUGGCCUGUGCCCAUCCAUAAACUCUGGUUAGUAUUCAGAGUACAGUGCUCAAUGCACUGACCCACUUGUCAACAGAAAUGGACACCAUAGAGGAUCAUGGACUGAAAAAAGAACAGUUUUCCGCAGCAAAAUCCAUCGCGUACAUGAAGUAUCCCUGAUUUCCAAAUUAUUUCCUUUGCUCGUCACCAUCAGGCAAAAAAACCCCUUGGGGCGUAGCGGUUCACACAAGACACCGCCAGGCGAUCCUAUUUCCUGCGCUUACCACCAAGCUUAGUGCAGGCCAAGGCCAUGGUGGUGAAGAUCAGCCUCAAUUGUGCGUGUCCACAUCAGCCAUGUCCUGCCCUGGGGUCUGGUGUGGAUCAGCAAAGGACGUUCGCCCAGGCAACACGUCCGCAGAACCGAAGUUUUCUGGCUCUGACCGUGUCAGACACUGAUGGAGCGCCCUGUGCAAAGGCGGACCUCGCCACUGGUGACAAGCUCGCUGAAGUAAAUGCGGAGUGGCCGUCGCAGACACCACUGGUUGCAGGCAUCCAGCUUCUAUCUCAAUGACGCUGUCGUUGACGGAAAGGAUAUACACAUUAUAGAGGCCGAUCUUUGUUGCUGUUGUGCUGGAGCGCCAAAUUUGUCUGCCGAGCUGUUUCUUACACCCGCGUGUAAUUGAGAUUCGCCUUUUAAUUUCUGCCUCGCUGCUUCCAGAACGUUGCAAAUUACCACCGAGAUACGUGUACGAUUUUACUACUUCAAAGUUGUUGCCCACUCUUUGCACUUCAGUUAAUUCGAGUGGCUGCUCAUCAGUGGUCUAUAUUUUUGGUAAUCAAACAUUCAAGCUUCAUGAAAAGUAAGCCUAUAGUUUGUAACGAAUAGGAGGAUUUUUUUUAUUAAUGAACACAGUCUACCAUAUUUUAGUAUUGGUCCGUAAAAUUGUAAAAAAAUAAUGUACAUAUUGAUAUGAUUUAUUGUUUUGUAUGUUAUAUCGUACUUCCUGUGCAAACAUUCUUUUUUAUAUUGCCCUCUCACUCUAAAAUGAAAUCCCUGAAAUUAAGGUAUGUUGUAAAUAAUAUAUAUCUGCAAUUAUAUUUAUUAGGAAUACAAAUUUAAAAGUAUUGUAUUACCAUGCACCUUACGCACAAAAAACAAUUGGACCUCAUAACCAGCUUUUCACACCUGAAAAUGGUAUAUAUUAGUGAUACUGUGUUUUGUUAUAAAAUGAAAACAUUUUGGUUGGCUUGUUUUGUUACUGUAUUGCUAUUGCGUUCAAUAAAAAUGGUAAUCUGAUGUAA